GAGGGGUGAGUACCAUGGAGACAGGUGAGAGCAGCAGUAGGUGCCAGUUUCUGGAGUUGCCCUGGGAGGAUGUUCUGGUUCCCCACGUCCUCUGCCACCUGCCCCUGGGCCAACUAGUCUGCCUGCAGCGUGUCAGCAAACAGUUUCACACUUUGAUUCAGGUCUACCUGGCAAACUGUCACAGUCUGGACACCUCCCAGUUCGGGGCUGCCAUUCCUCAACAUGCAUUCUGCCGAAUACUGAAAGAUAACACAGUGCUGCACCACUUGAUUGUUCACAGCUGCUCUGAUUGGCUAACAGACCUCGAGCUCUUGCCAGUGAUUGGUCAGAAUCAUCAUUUGGAGAAGGUUGAUGUGACGGGAUGCCGUGGCUUGAGCAGGCGGACACUAGUGGCCUUGUCGCUAAGUUGCCCCAACUUGCAGUAUCUUUCUCUGAGGCAGUGUGACUGGGUGGAUCCUCUCUCCCUGCGAAGUCUGGCUGAUCGUUGCAGUCGACUUGUGUCGAUUGAUCUUACUGCUUGUAAGCAACUGAAUGAUGAAGCAGUCUGCUACCUAGUGCGUAAGUGUCCAAAGAUCAAGUCACUCUCCCUGGCAGUCAACGCAAACCUCAGUGAUAGCUCUGUGCAAGAAGUAGCCAAACUAUGCACUGAGCUCGAACAUCUGGAUUUGACUGGCUGUCUCCGCCUCAAGAAUGAAUGUAUAAGGACUGUUGCAGAGUAUUGCACGAAACUCAACUCGCUAAAAGUGAAGCACUGUCAUAACAUCACUGAAGGAAGCUUAGAAGUUUUGCGUAAGAAGGGAGUAGACAUUGACGUACAGCCUCCCUUCCAACGGGCACUGGUACUUCUGCAGGAUGUUGUGGGCUUUGCACCAUAUAUCAAUCUCCAGAUUUGAAUAGAAGUAUUGUGGAAAACCAGCUAUCCAUAGCCCUGACACAAUUGCACUCCAUUUUUGUGGUAAUGUAAACUUAGAUUAAAAUAGGUUGUAUAAUAUUCCGUGAGUGUCUUGCUGCUCCUUUGUCAAACUUUCGGUACUUCCAAUUUUGUUUCUCAGAUGAAAUGAGUUAAAACCUGUAAUAUUGUGCAUGAAAAUAGAUUUUAUUCUGGCUUGCCACUUCAUUGAAUUACCACUGCUAAUUCAUUGUUAUUUUUUUUUUUGAUUGUGUGAAGUGAGGAGAAUGCUCAUAUUUGCUGCACCAGAGCAGAAUUCUUCAAGUGUUGAUGUUGGCAGUGAAUUGCCAAUGGCACAGGGAAGCAGUAAAUGGAAACCCCAUCAACCAAUGAGAGAAAUUGAGGGGAGAUAACAUUGUUAAAUGAUAAAGGUUAUCAAAUGAUACCUUGAUAAUAUCAAGGUUUGGAAUUGAGCUGAAACUCCAGUCAUCACCAGAGAGUAAUAUGGUGUCUUUUUAGCUUCUUGAAUACAUUCAAAAUUUAUGUCACCAACAGCUUCCCUUACCUUUCCUUAUUUUGUAUGACUACAACUCUUAAAAGUCUGCAAUUGCUGAUGCUUUGUAGUAUCCUGGCAAAGCUGCUAUGUACCUUAUUGCACAUGACCCCUCUGCGUUGGCCCUAAAAUAACAGUUGACAAGUUCCAACCAACUCUUCAUAUAAUCUUAGUGUAUGUACCUGCCAUUUGGAAUAGAUAAAGGAUUCAUUUGAACUCAUUCCCCACAAUACUACAGUUUCUUGUAGUUGAUAUAUCCAAAUUCAUUUUGUGAAUUAUUGAAAUGGCUUUCAAUACUCUUUCACAUAAAACAAAUCUAGUUCAUAAUUUCCUUUAGGCUUCUUUUAAUCUCUGUUGGUUCUUUUUAAUUUUGUAGUUCUGGAUACUGAUAAUCUUGCUGGUGGAAAGUGUUUCUUCUAACUUUGAACACCUCUAUUAAAUUUCCUUUUAUCCUAUGUCUGAGGGGAAAAUUCCAACAUCUCAAUAAAAGAAUUGCUGGAAAUCUGAAAUCUUAACAUUUCAUCCUCUUUGGAUCACUGAUGUCCCUUAUACUUGUCUGGUAAAUUGCUCUGCUGUCUCUAACAGUACUCUGAUGCUUGUAUGGCUGGCUUACAUUGCUAUUUUCAAUCUUUACCUAACAAUGUUAUUACAUUGCCACUUCAGGAUUGAAAUGCAGAGGUCAGCUUUUCUAAUGAUCUUUUGAUGGCCCCUUGAUUCAAAAUGAGCCAUUUUCCAGCACCUAAAUACAUAUGGCUGAAAUGAUUUUAAGGGGUGAUGAUUUAAGGGGUAUUUCAGUAAAGAGUUAAACUGAAUCAAGUGGACGUUAGUAAUUCACUAGCAGUAUUCAAGAGAGUAACUUAUUCUCUAAACAAGCACAUUAACUUGUCAGUACUUGAUGCGCACAAAUCACAUGCUUUUUGACCACAUGGCAGUAAGAACAAAGCAGUUAUUUGAUCCCUCAACCUUGUUCCACUAUUGUGCAGAGCUGAUCCUCAAUCUCAUUUACUCUCCCUUCUAAUCUGCAUAUCCCUUGAUUAUUUUGACUCCGUGGGUAUACUGAUCUCAGUCUUGGGUAAGUUUAGUGCCUGAGUAAGUGGAGUGCUCUCCAGCAGUGAAUUUCAAAGGUUCAUAAUCCCUAGUGAAGAAAUUUCUAAGUGUCUCAGUCUAGAUGGCUGACUAGUUAUUCUGAGUCAAUGAUCCCAGGUUCUAAAUACCCUAGCUAGAGGAAACACCUUAGGAUCUAGUGUUAAAUCAUCUGUUUCAUUAAGAAUUUUUUGGAUUUGCCUGUGGCUUCACAAUGCUCAAUAUUUCCUCGUAAGAAAAUUUGCUCAACCCUGGACUGAAAUAAUUAAACCAUUGUUCUACAAUUUCUCAGGCAAGUUUGUCCUUGUGCUCUAGGUCUUAAAAAUGACACAAUCUUACUAAAAGCUUAGUUGCUUUAAAAUGUUGUUACUCGUACAAUAAAGAUUAAUGUGCCAUUUUUUCUUCCAAUAGCUCUUGCGUGUUAGUUACAUAUAUUGUACAUUUGUACUCAGGUUUAGUAUCACUGGCAUAUGUCAUAAAAUUUGUUGUUUUGUGGCAGCAAAACAUUACAAUAUAUAUAUUAUAACUUGUAUAUAAUAACAUAAAAAUGUAUUUAAAAAAGAAGUGCAGAACAAGAGCAAAAAUAAAUAGUGGGGCAGUGUACAUGGGUUCAUUGUCCAUUCAGAAGUCUGGUGGCAGAGGGAAAGAAGUUGUUCCUGAAAUGUUAUGUGUGUGCCUUCAGGCUUCUCCUUGAUGUUUGCAAUGAGAAGAGGGCAUGUCCUAGGUGAUGGGGAUUCUUAAUGAUGGAUGCUGCCUUUUUGAGGCACUGCAUUUUGAAGAUGACCUGGAGGCUAGAGCUCAUGAAGCUCAUGAUUUCAGCUUUUUGCAGUUUUUUCUGAACCUGUGCAGUGACCCCUCCAUAGCAGACAAUAAUGCAACCAGUUAGAAUGCUCUCCAUGGUAUAUCUGUAGAAAUUUGCAAGAGUCUUUGGUGAAAUACCCGUUCUCUUCAAACUCUUAAUGUAAUGUAGCCACAGUUGUGUCUCUUUUGUAAUUGCAUCAAUAUAUUGGGCCCAGGAUAGGUUCUGAGAUGUUGACACUCAGGAACUUGAAACUGCUCACCCUUUCCACUGCUGAUCCCUCAAUGAGAACUGCUGUGUUCCCUCAACUUCCCUUCCUGAACUCCACAAUCAAUUCUUUAAUCUUACUGCUGUUUAGUGCAAGGUUGUUGUUGCAGCUCCACUCAACCUGGUGAUCUAUCUCACUCCUGUACCUCUUCUCGUCGCCAUCUGAAAUUCUGCCAAUAGCUGUGUCAUCAGCAAAUUUUUAGAAGGCAUUUGAGCUGCGUCUAGACACACAAUUGUGGGUGUAGAGUAGAGCAGUGGGCUAAGCACAUAUCCUUGAGGUGCACCAGUGUUGAUUGUCAGCAAGGACGAGGUGUUAUUUCUGAUCUGCACAGACUGUAGACUUCCAAUGAGGAAGUCAAGGAUCCAGUUGCAAAGGGAAGUACAGUACAGAGGCCUAGGUUUUGCAGUUUGAUGAUUAGAACUGAGGGUAUGAUUGUGUUGAAUGCUGAGCUGUGAUCAAUAAACAACAGCCUCACAUAGGUAUUGUUAUUGUCUCUGUGAUCCAAGGCCGAGUGAGAGCCAGUGAGAUUGCAUCUACUGCAAACCUAUUGUGGUGACAGGCAAAUUGCAGCAGGUCCAGAUCUUUCCUCGGGCAGGAAUUGAUGCUGGCCAUGACCAACCUCUGAAAGCACUUCAUCACAGUUGAUGUGAGUGCAGCUUGGUGAUAGUCAUUGAGGCAGUUCACCUUGCUAUUCCUGGGCACUGGUAUGAUCGUUGCCCUUUUGAAGUUGGUGGGAACCUCUGACUGCAGCAGGGGGAGAUUGAAGAUUAUUUCCCUUGAUCAUACCUCCUUAGUUCAAGGAGUAUUUACUGAAGGUUCUGGAUAGGUUUGUCCCAUUGAGGCAGGGAAAGGAUGGUAGGGUGAGGGAACCAUGGUUGACAAAGACGUGGAACACCUAGUCAAGAGGAGGAAGGAAGAUUUCUUUAGGUUUAGGAAGCAAGGAUCAAACAGGGCUCAAAGGAAUUACAGGGUAGCUGGGAAGGAGCUCAAGAGUGGACAGAGCUAGAAAGGGGCAUGAGAAGGCCUCUAAGGAAAAGAACAAAGCAUUCUACACAUAGGUGAAGAACAGAAGGAUGGGCAGAGGGAAAUGUGCCUGGAGGAGGUAGGUGAGUUCCUUAAUUAAUACUUCAGUAUUCACCAGUGAGAGGGACCUUGACAAUUAUGAGGUCAUGGUAAAACAAGCUUAUAUGGUUGAACAUGUUGAUGUUAAGAAAGAAUGUGCUAGAACUUUUGAAAAACAUCAAACUAGAUGAGUCCCUAGGGCUGGGUGUAUACCGCAGGUUACUGUGGGAAGUGAGGGAAGAGAUUGCUGCUCCCUUAGUGGUGAUCUUUGUGUUUCAUUGGCCACAGGAGUAGGGUGGCAACUGUUAUUCCUUUGUUCAAGAAAGGGAGCAGGGGUAGCCCUGGAAUUAAGGACAAGUAAGUCUUUCUUCAGUGGAGGGCAAAUUAUCGGAGGAUUCUUAAAAGCAGGAUUUAUGACUAUUUGGAGAAGCGUAGUCUGUUUAGGGAUAAUCAGCAUGGCUUUGUGAGGGGCAGGUCAUGCCUCACAUGCUUGAUUGAAUUCUUUGAGAAUGUGGCAAAGCACAUUCAUGAAGGUAGAGCAGUGGAUGUGGCAUAUAUGGGUUUUAGUAAGGUGUUUGAUAAGGUUCUCUGUGGUAGGCUCAUUCAGGAAGCAUGGAAUCCAGAGAAACUUGACUGUGUGGAUAUAGUAUCUAGCUUGCCUGUAGAAGGCAGAUGGAGAUUAUUCAGCCUGGAGGUCAGUGACCAGUGGUGUUCUGCAGGAAUCUGUUCUGGGAUCCCUGCACUUUGAGAUCUUUAUAACUAACUUAGAUGAGGAAGCAAGCUAGGGUUUAUCUCUUCAGAGUGAAGGAUGAUGAGUGACUUAUAUUGAAUUGACUUUAUUUCUUACAUCUUUCACAUACAUGAGUAAAAAUCCUUAUGUUACAUUUCUGACUAAAUGUUCAAUCAUAGUAAUUUAUAAUAAAUUGACUGUUCUAUCUAACAUUGAAAUACACUCAAAUCUGCUUGAGUUAAUCAGUCUGAUGGCCUGGUGGAAGAAGCUGUCCUGGAGCCUGUUGGUCCAGGCUUUUAUGUUGUAAUACUGUUUAGACAAUAAGACAUAGGAGCAGAAUUAGACCAUCUAGCCCAUCGAGUCUGCUCUGCCAUUCAAUCAUGGCUGAUCCUUUUCUGUAUCUCCUCCUCAACCCCAGUUCCUGGCCUUCUCCCUCUAACUUUUGAUGCUAUAUCCAGUCAAGAACCUAUCAAUCUCUGCCUUAAAUAUACCCAACCACCUGGCCUCCACAGCUGCAUGUGGCAACAAAUUCCACAAAUUCACCACCCUUUGGCUAAAGAGAUUUCUCUGCAUCUCUGUUUUGAAAGUGUGUCCCUCUAUCCUGAGGCUGUGCCCUCUUACCCUAGACUCUCCCACCAUGGGAAACAUCCUUUCCAUAUCUACUCUGUCUAGGCCUUUCAACGUUCAAAUGGUUUCAAUGAGACCCCCCCCCCCCCCCAAUCCUUCUGAAUUCCAGCAAGUACAGACCCAGAGCCAUCAAAUGUUCCUCGUAUGAUAACCCUUUCAUUCCUGGAAUCAUCCUUGUGAACCUCCUCUGGACCCUCUCCAACGCCAGCACGUCUUUUCUAGCACAUCCAUUCACGGUACUCAAGCUGAGGCCUCAUCAGUGCAUCACAUCCUUGCUUUUGUACUCUAGACCUCUUGAAAUGAAUACUAACAUGACAUUUGCCUUCCUCACCACAGACUCAACCUGCAAGUUAACCUUCAGGGUGUUCGCACAAGGUCUCCCAAGUCCCUCUGCAUCUCAGAUUUCUGGAUUUUCUCCCAGUUUAGAAAAUAGUCUGCACCUUUACUUCUACUACCAAGUGCAUGACCAUGCAUUUUCCCACAUUGUAUUUCAUUUGCCACUUUCUUGACAAUUCUAACCUAAGUCUUUCUGUAUCCUACCUGUUUCCUCAACACUACCUUCCCCUCCACCAAUAUUUGUAUCAUCUGCAAACUUGGCAAGAAAGCCAUCUAUUCCAUAUCUAAAUCACUUAUAUACAGCAUAAAAGAAGUGCUCCCAACACCUACCCCUGCUGAGCACCACUAGUCACAGAAAAGGAUCCUUUUAUUCCCACUCGCUGCCUCCUACCAAUCAGCCAAUUCUUUAACUAUGUUAGCAACUUUCCUGGAAUACCAUGGGCUCUUAACUUGGUAAGCAUUCUCAUGUGUGGCACCUUGUCAAAGGCCUUCUGAAAGUUCAAAUACACAACAUCCACUGUAUCUAUGCUACUUGUAAUCUCUUCAAAGAAUUCCAACAGGCUUGUCAGGCAGGAUUUUCCCUGAAGGAAGCCAUGCUGACUUUGCUAUGUAAUCCCAUCACCUCAUCCUUAAUAAGUGACUCUAACAUCUUCCCAACCACUGAGGUCAGGCUAACUGAUCUAUAAUUUCCUGUUUCCCGGAUGGUAGCAGCUGGAAUAGACUGGGGUUAGGGUGACUUGGGUCCCCAAUAAUCCUUUGGGCCCUUUUUUCACCCGUCUUUGUAAAUGCCCUGAAUCUUGGGAAGUUCACAACUACAGAUGUGCUUGACAUCUCUCUUGGCAGAAUCCUGUGAUUAAGGGAGGUACAGUUCCCAUACCAGGCAAUGAUGCAGCCAGUCAGGAUGCUCUCAAUUGUGCUCCUGUAGAAAGUUCUUAGGAUUUGGGGGCCCAUACCAAACUUCCUCAAUCGUCUGAGGUGAAAGAGGCGCUGUUGUACUUUUUUCACCACACAGCUGGUGUGUACAGACCACGUGAGGUCCUUGGUGAUGUGGAUGUUGAGGAACUUGAAGCUGUUUACCCUCUCAACCCCAUCUCCAUUGAUGUCUAUAGGGGUUAGCCCGUCUCCAUUCCUGCUGUAAUCCACAACCAGCUGCUGUUUUUGCAACAUUGAGGAGAGGUAGUUUUCUUGACACCACUGUGUCAGAGAGAUGACUUCUUCCCUGUAGACUAGCUUGUUAUUGAGAUUAGGCCGGUCAAUGUAGUGCCAUUAGCAAAUGGCAAAUUAGCAAAAGGACUUGCUACACAGCCCUAAGGGGGCUCCUGUGUUGUAUAAGAGGUAUAGAUAGAAUGGGCAGUCAGAGACUUUUUGCCAGGGCAAAAAUGGUUAAUAUAAGGGGUAUAAUUUUGAGAUGAACUGAGCAAAGUACAGAGGGGGGUGUCAGAGGUAAGUUCUUUACACAGAAUACUAGGUGCAUGGAAUGCACUGCUGGAGGUGGUGGUAGAGGCAGGUACAUUCGGGUCAUUUUUUACACUUAAAUAAGCAAACAGAUAGAAAAAUGGGGGUUAUGUGUGAGGGAAGGGUUAGAUUGAUCUUAUGCCUUUCAGCUUACUCCAAAAUCAAUCUAACCCUUCCCUUCCACAUAACCCCCCAUAUCAAGUUCUAUGAUAAGAUGAGCAACUGAAACUAAAAGUCAUUGUGGUUAAUUUUGAGCAUACAUGAUAUAGGAUUGAGUUAUAUCAAAUAACUACUGGGUAGGCAAGCACAAAAGUGCUGAAUAGAAGAAACACUGGAGAAAUACAGUGAUGUAUUCAGGGAGAGUAAAGGUGAGGGGAUACACAAUGUGGUAGGGUACUACAUGAAGAGGGGCUAAAUGAAUAAAUGAAGGGCACAUUCUACAAACUGAAAAAUGGGAAAUAUCUAAAUAACCCUCUAGGCUGGUACUGACACAAUUUCUUCAGGCAAUCUUCCACAAUUCUAGGAGGCCACUACAGGCAGUGUCAUUCAGCCCAGAUAUUUUCAGCCGAUCAAUUACCUUUAUAUGUCAGAAAACUUCAUGUUUCAUUGUUUUGCAACCCAUGGGUAAAAGAAACAGAAGCCAAAAUGUUUAUUCAUGGAAUGAAGUUUGUCAGAUAGCUAUUUAAAGUAUCUAAACUGGGAGUAUAAUAACUUAUUUAUAGAGCACUUUUCAUAUAGAUAAUAUAGUUCAAAGUGCUUUAUAAUGGGAUAAAGUGCAAACAUGAAAAUAAAAUAAAAGUCAAAAAGAUUAAGUAAACAGGUUUUGAGCUGGUGUUUAAAAGUGUCAACUGAGUCUGCAUUCCUUAUGGUUUGAGGUAUUGAGUUCCACAGUUUGGGAGCAUAGUUCAAAAAAAAAGCUGACCUGCUCAUUGUCUUUUGAGGGAGAUUGUUUAGAUUUAAGAUUUCGGCAGAAAAAGACUCGGGAGCUCGAACAGGAUUAUAAAAUGAAAGUAAUUCUGUGAUGUAUUCCGGUCCUAGACAAGUAAAAGCUUUAAAAACAAGAGUAUUUUAAAAUUAAUUCAAAAAGAUGCAGCAAGCCAAUGCAGAGUAGCUAGGAUGGGAAUGAUACAUUUCCUCCUCUUGGAUUUAGUUACUGAGUUGAAGUUUGUCAAUAGAUUGCUGUGGCAGAUUGCAGAAAUCCGCCCAAUAUAUCACUGACACAUCCCUCCCCUCCAUUGAAGUUAUCUGCAGGAAGUGCUGCCUGAUAAUGCAAAAUCUGUCAUCAGAGAUGCCCACCAUUCAGGCAGGCCACACAUAAUCAUUUCACAGUUAAAUCAUCAGGCAGGAGGUAUAGAAGCCUUAAGUCCCACACCACCAGGUUUGAGAACAAAUACUUUCCUUAAACCAUUCAGUUCUUGAACCAACUGGAAAACCUUAAUCACUACAAUUUAUCAACACUAUGGCCAUUUUUGCAUGGAAAUUAAGUUUGUUAUUAAUUGUAUUUUUCUUGUAAAAGUGCAUAUAAUUUGUUUGAUUUGCUUAUGUGAUGCUAUGUGCCUGUGAUGUAGCUGCAAAUAAAUUUUUCAGUGCACUGGUGCAUUUAUGUACUUCUGCACGUGACAAUAAAUUCAACUUUGA